AUGCGUCUGCCUGGGGCGUGGUGGCUCCUUGCGCCUGUGACCGGAACGGCCUUUGCGGUCAUCACCGUCAUCAACGCCAGCAUCUACGCCGAGACCGGGGUGCGGACGCCGGACCUCCGCCCUGCACCGUCGCCUGCCGCCUGGGCUGCGUGCUGGGAGGGGCUCGGCCUCGACGGGCUGCGCCUCUUCCGCUGGGCGCUCCUUGUGGACCUGGCCGCUUUCAUCCCCUCGUACCCACCGACCCUGCUCCUUGCCGGCUUGCAGUGGUGGGCGUCGCGGGCGGGCGAGCACUCGCUUCUUGCUGUCCCUGCCCGCCACUGGCUGGUGGCUGCUGCUGCCGCCGCCGCCCUCGCCGCCGGUUUCCUCGCCGACAUGCUCGAGGACGUCCUGCUCCUGCGGCAGCUCAACAUGCUGCCCACCGUCGACGCCGAUCUGGCGAGCCCUGCGGCACACGCGACCAGGACCAAGUUCUCGGGCCUCGCGCUGUACAUGCUCAUUGUGGCCGGCUUUGGCCUAGUCGGCCUCCGCCGCAGAAAGUGAGAGUCGGGUUUACUCCGCCUGCGGCAUGGCAGCGGCCUGGGCCG